AUGAACUGCAUAGCAAUAAAGCAAAAGAGGAAGAAAGAUCUUAUUCAAUUGUCUCCAGCAGAAUUGUCAGGCAGUGUGACUGAAAAAAUAAGUGCUUGCCUGCUUGUUAUAGAGUAUGAGCUCAUGAAAUGUGGUAAUGAAGCAUUAUUGAAGACUUCUUGGACCCAAUUAAACCCAGGUCGCAGAUUUUUAUGUUGUAAAAUAUCAAAGAAAAUGGGUGGUUGUGAUUAUUUCUUUUGGAUUGAAGAUAGGCACCCUGCGCAAGCAAAUAGGGCGAUGUGGGGUUUGUUGAAGAAAGUGAAGGCUUUUGAGGAGAAAAGAAUUCGAGCAAGAAAUAUGCUCAUUGUUGCUGCCAUUGUUGCUGGUUUUGUGAUGCUCGGGAUAUGGAAAAUCAAGCCAAAUUGUUAG